GCCAGGCUAACAUGGCGGGCUCCACACCACAAGGGCGCUUGAUUGACGGCACGCUCCCGUUGCGCAUGACGAACAUCCACCCUUAGCGGGGAGAGGCGCCUUUCACCCCUUGCUCGCGGGUCGCAGCCCAGAAAUGCGUUCUGUGCGCGACCAUCAGCGCGACUGUGGUUCGUCGAGAGCACUGGAAGCAGCAGCAGCAUCAUCCCUCUGCGCGCCAUCGAGAUCGUGGGCGCCUCCGUGGACGCUUGCGGCGCGAGUCAAUCGACCAUGCUAGCCAUGCACUCUUUCACUCUGACACCGACGCUCCUACCUCUGCAACGCAAUCAUGCCCACGUAGACCCACAGUCGUUCAAGCCCUGCCAUCUGUCGAUUGCCAUCCGUGUAUCACCGGACGAUCCUGGGCACGAUAUCGGGCGCGCAUCGCGUUGCACAUCAACGGGCGGGCAUAUCAAGCUGCAUGCACUCCCGAUUGGGUUGGACGCAGGAACCCCCUUAAGAAGCCAUGUAGCCCCUCUGCUCAUAUCCAACACGGCAAUAAAACUGACAAGCAUCAACCCACAUAACUUGUCGACCUGCUGGCCGCGGCGAACACUUCGCUUCUACGGCCUUCCUCGUUCCAAUGGUUCAAUGCCUUGCGAAGCCACACAAGUGUUUCCACGGCGCCCCAGUCGACGGAAACGAGCAGCCCAAGCGAGAGCGAGGGCGAGCCCGACGGGUAAAUAAGCCCUCUCCAAUACCAUGUCGCUCCCACCUGCUGCCAUGGUUCUGCUGCAGCGCUCCGCCAAUGCAACAUUCGUCCCGCACCUGCAUGCAUCCUCUGCCGUCCCA